ACCUGUUUCCUUUCCAGCUAACAUUCCUCCGCCCUUGUCCCGCUCUUACAGCCUCCGCUGCCAGCGGAGGGCCUAGGCUCCCGCUCCAACUAUUCCAACCAUCCUGGGAAGGGUGGGGCGCUCGCCUCCUGGGUCCCCCUCGGUUGCUCCCCCACCCCCGCAAUCAUCGGUCUUCCCUUCUGCCCCGGUCCCUCCUUUUCUGGGAUGGGGCCAGCCAAUGGGCGACAAGACUCCGGGGUUUGGCUUGGUAGCCCGGGAGCUCAGAGAUCCCCCGCCCCACAGUUCUGGCCGCGGUCCCGGGGCGCACGGACGUGGCUCGAGUUUCCUCGGCUCUCGGAUCGCUCUCACUCUCCUCCCCUCCUCCCGCUCUUCCUCCUCUCCGGGUCUCCCGAUCCCGCUUCAGCUCCACCCGGCCGGCCCCGCACGGCUCCGGGUAGCCAUGGAGGACACCCAGCUCCAUAUCAUCGAGCAGCCGCUUGCCGGGUAUCCUGAUACCGAGGACCCGGGGUCCUCCCUCAUGCGGUCGGCGGCGGCGGCGGAGGAGCCGUCAGGUGCCGGCUCCGAGGAGCUGAUCAAGUCGGACCAGGUGAAUGGCGUGUUGGUACUGAGCCUUCUGGACAAAAUCAUCGGCGCCGUCGACCAGAUCCAGCUGACCCAAGCCCAGCUGGAGGAGCGGCAGGCGGAGAUGGAAGGCGCCGUGCAGAGCAUCCAGGGCGAGUUGAGCAAGCUGGGCAAGGCGCACGCUACCACCAGUAACACCGUGAGCAAGUUGCUGGAGAAGGUGCGCAAGGUCAGCGUCAACGUGAAGACCGUGCGCGGUAGCCUGGAGCGCCAGGCCGGCCAGAUCAAGAAGCUGGAGGUCAACGAGGCCGAGCUGCUGCGGCGCCGCAACUUUAAAGUUAUGAUCUACCAGGAUGAAGUGAAACUACCAGCCAAACUGAGCAUCAGCAAAUCGCUGAAAGAGUCGGAGUCGCUGCCAGAGAAGGAGGGCGAUGAGCUGGGCGAGGGUGAGAGACCCGAGGACAACGCGGCCCUUGAGCUGUCCUCCGAUGAGGCGGUGGAAGUGGAGGAGGUCAUCGAGGAGUCGCGCGCUGAGCGCAUCAAGCGCAGCGGCAUGCGCCGCGUGGACGACUUUAAGAAGGCCUUCUCCAAGGAGAAGAUGGAGAAGACCAAGGUGCGCACCCGCGAGAACCUGGAGAAGACCCGCAUCAAGACCAAGGAGAACCUGGAGAAGACGCGGCACACGCUGGAGAAGCGCAUGAACAAGCUGGGCACGCGCCUGGUUCCCACUGAGCGUCGGGAGAAGCUCAAGACCUCACGAGACAAGCUGCGCAAGUCCUUCACUCCCGACCACGUGGUCUACGCGCGCUCCAAGACGGCUGUCUACAAGGUGCCGCCCUUCACCUUCCAUGUCAAGAAGAUCCGCGAGGGCGAGGUGGAGGUGGUGAAGGCCACCGAGAUGGUGGAGGUGGGUGCCGACGACGAGGAGGGUGGUGCGGAGCGUGGCGAGGCCCUCGACUUGCUGCGUGGGAGCAGCCCCGAUGUGCACACGCUGCUGGAGAUCACCGAGGAGUCAGACGCUGUGCUGGUGGACAAGAGCGACAGUGACUGAGUGGGAAGCUUGGGGCUCUACCCGGGAGGCCUUGCCGCCCCACCUCUUCCUGCGCCCACCCUGAUUUCUUUUCCUACUGAACUUUCUCUUUCGCAUUCUUUCUCUGACCCCAACCGGGUUGACAUAUUUCUAAAUUGAGAACACCUUCCCCUUAAGGAGCACCCCUCCAAGUCUUACAGCUGUUAAGACAGGAGAGGGGGAGGCAGCCUCCACAAAGAACAGCCCCAAUUUGGGCAUAGUCUGGGUGGAAAUGGAAAGGGGAGUGAUCCAUGUUCUGGUUGUGCAAGUUGGGGAUCCUAAGGGGAAAUGCUAUCAUUUCCAUAGUCGCCCCCGCCCCCCUCGGGGCAGGCGGCCUUCCCCCUCACCUCCCCCGCACACACCCAGCUGCUGUCAUUCCUGCUCACUGAGCUCUUCUUUCUUAUCCUGAUCCCUGGAGGCUGCAAAGCCAAAAUUAAUGUACUAGAAAAGAGUGAAUCCUGAAGAAGACCUUUGCCCACGUGGGAGGCCCCAUACUGGAAGGACUUGAAAGCAGCUUUUGGGGGAUGGUGGGCUGUGAAGGAGAGAGGGCAGAGUGAGCCAUGAACCUGGAUGAGGGUCUAGCACAGGCUGUAUCUACAAAGGGUCCCCAUAAGGAAGGCUAGAGCCAAGCAGAGCCCUGAGGAGCAGGGGAGGAGGUGGGCUUAAAUGCAUACUUAAAUGUUUAAGCAUUUGCACACAGGAACACAUGGCUAUUGCUUUGGGAAGGAGAACAGGAAAUAGUAGAAGGUGGAAAUGGGUGAAGGGAGGAGCAUUUGCCUCAUUAGCAGCAUGAAAAACACAGGAUAAGAAUCCUAUCUUACUGAGGUUCUCAGAAGACUGCAGGACCACUUUCAGUUAAGGAGGGAUGAUGAGAAAGCGAUGAUCCAAAGAGAAAAGAGAAGUAAGCCUCACCCCAUCCCUCAUCUGGGGUCUGGGUGGUGCCCCAGGGGCAGUCCAUUUCUCACAGCCCUGAAAAUUAGGGUCCCAGAAAGGGUCAGCACCAGGCUGUGGAGAGAUGGGAGUUAUGAGGGAGGUGGACAAGAAAAAGAGCAGGGUGCCAAUGGCCAGGUCAUGAAGCUAAGAGCUGGAAGGAAGUGCGGAGAGUAUAACUGUACGGAGGAACUCAGUCUUGCCUUACUCUUGGCAGAUUCUUCUCAACAGCCUCCCCUAGAACGAGAGUAUAAGAGCUGCAGAACUUGCCAAAAUCUCCUUGCCCUUGUGGGUUACUCCCCUGAAUCUUUGGGGGUGAGAGGGCUGCUGCUUCCAGGUUCUCCUCAGGUUACUUAACUCCUGCUGUUCCUCCCCAGUAAAGGAGGUUGUCAGAAGCGAGGACAAUUUCCCUCCCCUGCAAGUCACUUGUGGCAUGGCUCACAAGGUCCCUUAAGAAGAGGCUGAAGGAUUCCUCUUUCUCUCCCAUCUCCUCUGCCUUAUCUUCCCUGCUCUGCUUUUUAGAAUUGCAGCUAAUUGCUUUAAGGGGUCGAGGGAGGGAGGGAGCCUGGGGACACAAAUAUUUUUUACAAUACAAAGCUUUGCUCCCCCUCACUCUUUUCUUGGUUCCCUUCUCUUUUGUGAACGCUUGAAGACAGGUCAGCUGAGGGAGGAUGGAGAUUGGGACAAGGUCCCUUGGUGCUGAUGGGCUGAAGGGGCCUGAGUUGUGGGCAGACGCAGUUUCCUGCUGGCUCUAUUGAGUCUCUCAUGUUGCUGUGUCCUGGUGAGCAGCCCGACCAAUAAACCAGCUUUUCUAAAAG